UGUCAGUAGCAGCAGCGCCGCUUCUGCCCUUCAAUACUCGAGUUGUUCCUCACACUCUCACAGCGUGUCAGACCCUGUACACGUUUUUUAAUGCAGCUUUAAUAUCCAUCACGUCUGUUUUGCUCUGCUCGGGGUUUUGAAAACACACGUGUAGUUCAUCGCAGGUAUGGAGUGUCGUGUGUUGUCCAUUCAGAGCCAUGUAGUCAGAGGAUACGUCGGGAACAAGUCUGCAACCUUCCCUCUGCAGGUGCUGGGCUUUGAAGUGGACUCUAUCAACUCUGUGCAGUUCUCCAAUCACACAGGCUACGCCCAUUGGAAAGGGCAGGUGCUGACAGCAGAAGAGCUAAAUGUGCUGUAUGAGGGCAUCAAGCUCAAUAAAGUGAACCGCUAUGACUACAUCCUCACAGGUUACAGCAGAGACACGUCCUUCCUGGAGACGGUGGUUGACAUUAUUCAGGAGCUGAAGAAGGCCAAUCCCAGCUUGGUUUAUGUUUGUGAUCCUGUUAUGGGAGACCACGGUGCUAUGUAUGUUCCAGAGUAUCUGCUGCCGGUCUACAAGGACAAAGUAGUGCCUUUGGCCGACAUCCUCACCCCCAACCAGUUUGAAGCAGAGCUAUUAACUGGGAGGAAAAUCCGCACAGAGGAAGAUGCUGUUGAGGUGAUGGACUUGCUUCAUAAAAUGGGUCCAGAGACCGUGGUCCUCACCAGCACAGACCUGCCCUCCACACGUGGGGACCAGUUCCUGGUGGCCCUCGGGAGCCAAAACAUAGUGAAAGCCGAUGGGACGAAAACCAGUCAGAAAAUCUGCAUGGACAUCCCCAAAGUGGACGCUGUAUUUGUGGGGACAGGAGACCUGUUUGCUGCCCUGUUGCUAGCCUGGACCCACCAUCAUCCUAAAGACCUGAAGGCUGCCUGUGAGAAGACUGUUUCCAUCAUGCACCAUGUCAUUAAAAGGACCAUAACGUAUGCCAAUGAGAUGGCCGGCCCUGGGAAUAGGCCCAGUCCUGCACAACUGGAGCUGAGGAUGGUUCAGAGCAAAGCCGACAUUGAGAAUCCUGUCGUUGUAGUGGAAGCCAAGAUUUCACAAAAGUCUUCACGCUGAAGACCGUAACGUUAACCGUGGACAUUAACAUCUAGUUGGUACAAAUAGACUUCAAAUCUGGGCGGGCUGUCAGACACAUGUAGGAUUUUCACAUCAAAGACGGUCUCGUGUCUCUGCCUUACAGAAUCUCGGAGGAAGCUGUAAUGGCAAAUUUUAGGUUUUAGUUAUACUCUGUGAAUAACACUUUUGUGUUUUGAAGUGAUUCUGAAGGAUGUAUGUCCUCAGGCCAGGUGCAGGGUGGUAAAGACCUCGGUACAAAAGGUGGACUUGUUCCCCCUCUGACCUUCACGCUCCCCUCCCUAACCUACUCCUUAUCAGUAGACAUACUAAAUCAGAACAGUCUGCAGACACUGAAUUAUAGCCUUGACCACCCCUGUCUUGUUUUAUCCUUAUAUUCAGGGUGUGAAGCCUUUUCUUUUCAGUGCAUUACUUUGCGAGCUUGCCAGUGCAUACUUUGUUGUGCUCUGUGUGAUCCUGUAAACUUCUGCCUCUUUCUAAUUAGAAAUAAAAUACUACA